UGACAGUUUUUUUUUUUUUUGGGUUUCUCGCCGGGGCUGCAAUUUUGACGACAUCAGCAGUUGAGUUGAGUGAUAUACCGUACUCUGGAAUUAAUGGGACAUCAACAGCGGAUGAUGAGAUAAAUCUGAGCUGCAGCCAGAGUGCUGGCUGCACGGGCAUUUCGAUUGAUCAUGUGUAUAUAACUUCUACGAAUCUGGGGAAGAGGACUUACGCUAAUUGCUUCAACGCCCACGGGACAUGCACCCAUACCGUACCUCCUGUCAAAUGCCUACUUCCAUAAAAGAACACAUCCUGUUUCUUUAUCGUGAUUACAAUGAUGGUGGUUGGAUUUUGAUAUAUAGUGAUACUUUGAUCCUUACAUUGAUGCCAUUUUCUUUCUGUAAACGUAGUGGUUCUUGAUAUACCUUGUGUUAUCAUGGGCAUGCCCUCAUACUUCCUUGGACAAAUUAUUUCUUUCAACCACUGGUUAUGAUACCACCACAACCUAUAAUAAACCUGAAGGUGUGGAAUUUAAAGAAAGAAAGGAAAGGAAAGGAAAAACACCGAUUCCAUUUACGGGUUAAGUCAGCAAGUCUUUAUGUGUUUCCAAUCAUAUGUUAACCUAUCGGUUCUAAAAUUCGGAUGCAUUGAGUGCAACUCAGCCGUUUGUUAAUCCUAUUAUAUCCCAAACGAGGUUUUAGUCUUUCUCCUUACAAGAGUGGUGACUGAGUAUUUGAAGAACAAAGGAUUUUCAAUUCUCUGUGAAGAAUAUCUAGCUCUCAACAUGCCCAUUCAAGGUUUCCACAGAAAUAUGGUUUGUCCUCAACAUCCACCUCUUUUCUCAAUUACUGCGAAAAUCAAUAUGUUGCAAUAUUAUAUUAUGAAUACAACCAUCACCUAACGAUUUUUACUUUCACUGUGUGUGUGUCAAGUAAAUGGCCAAAACACAAUUAUUUGUUCAAGCUUGUGGCAUGACAGGGAGAUCAAAUGUUGAAAAAACCUCGAUAAGGUGUUUGAGAAUAUCGUGGCACCAGAAAUUAACGAAUGGGCAAGGGAAAACUCAGAAAAUUGGAUUGGUUUCUCAAAUGAGAAUGGGCUUAUUGCCAAUGGGAGUUGGCAAAUCGGCCGCCAAGGCUCUGCCUGGUGGAAUCAGCACAAUGAACUCGACGAUUCUAGCAUUGGUUUUAACGCAGUCUUUGUGCUACAUCUCUCACCUCAUUGAAUCUUUUCCUUGCUUCUGUUUACUAUUUAAAUUUCUUCGUAAUAAAUUUAAAAAAGACGUCUUUUUGUCAGAGGCCAAAUUUCCACAGAUCCACAGUAAGUUAGACCUCUUUCCAAAGCAUCAUCAACUCCUAUCCUCAUUGACCAAUACUACAGUAUCACUGAUGUACCUUGCACAAACCAGACCGCUGCUAUUCAAGUGACUGACACUACAUAGGAUGGAUUCCACGAGACAUCAAACAAGGACAAUCAAACGUAGUUGCAGUGAGACUGUCCCGUGCACUGGACAUUUUGUGGAGGGAAUAAGCAGUCAUAUGAAAACCACAAGAUAUCCAAGACAAUUACCAUCUUCAUAACAUCUGUGUAUGGAUGACAUUAAGUAAGAAGCAUCAUAAUGCUGAAUGUUUUCCAUUGGAUU